CUCAUACGAGAGAGAGAGAGAGAGAAGAGAGAGACAGAGAGAGUCGGCUGAACCGAGGUCGGUUGCCAUGGCGACGCCGGUGGCGGGGGACGGGGUGCUCGCCCUGAUGCCGCAGGAGGUGGUGAACUCGAUCGAUCCGUCGCUGUCGCCGUCGCCGUUCAAUGGCUCGUCGGAGAAGUCCCCCAUCCUGAUCUUCGUCUACUUCCAGAAGGCCAUCCGGACGGAGCUCAACCGCCUCCACCACGACGCUGUCGAGCUCGCCACCGCCGGCAGUGGCGACGUGCGUUUCCUCGCCGAGCGCUGCAUCUUUCUCUUCGACAUCUACCAGCACCAUUGCAACGCCGAGGACGUGGUCAUCUUUCCAGCUCUCGAUGUACGUGUCAAGAAUGUGGCUAGAACAUAUUCUCUCGAGCAUAAAGGGGAGAGCCAUCUCUUCUAUUAUGUGUUUAUCCUGUUGGUAUCACAUGUGACAAAUGAGGAAUCUCUUCGGAGAGAACUUGCUGUUCGUAUUGCAGCAAUAACAUCAUUUAGCCAUCAUAUGCCUAAGGAAGAAAAGCAAGCAUUUGUUUCAGAGGAUCAUUUCCUAAGAGAACUGGCUUCCCACAUUGGAGUCAUAAAAACAUCACUUAGCCAGCAUAUGUCUAAGGAAGAAGAGCAGGUCUUCCCCUUGCUUAUAGACAAGUAUUCAUUUAAAGAACAGGCUGAUCUGGUCUGGGAGUUUUUGUGUAGCAUCCCUGUGGAUAUGAUGAUGAAGUUCCUUCCCUGGCUUUCAUUUUCUAUUUCGUCCGAUGAACACCAGGAUAUGAUCAACUGUUUAAGCAAGAUAUUACCAAAGGAAAAGCUUCUUAAGCAGGUCAUAUUCACUUGGAUACAAGACAAAGGUAUGGCCAACAUUGGGCAAAGUCAUGUUGAUGAUUUUCUAUCGCAGAGUUCUGCACCUGGCAGGUCUAUUGUUCACACUGAGAAGUAUGCCUGUGUUUCUGAUCUUUCCAUGACUGGGAAGAGAAAACACAAAGAAUCGGACAGCGAAGGUUUUGAUCUUGGGUUGUAUCCAAUAGAUGAGAUAUUGCAUUGGCAUAAUGCUAUUAGAAAAGAAUUGAAUGAUAUAGCAGAAAGUGCAAGAAAAAUACAACUUUCUGGAGAUUUUUUGGAUUUGACUGCCUUUAACACAAGGCUUCAAUUCAUUGCCGAUAUAUGCAUCUUUCAUAGUUAUGCUGAGGACCAGGUAAUAUUUCCGGCAGUAUUGGAUGGAACGGAAUCCCUUUUGCAGGAGCAUGCAAAUGAAAAAAUUCAGUUCAACAAGUUUAGGUGCUUAAUUGAAGAAAUCCAGAGUGCAGCGGCCACUUCUACUUCUGUAGAAUUCUAUUCUGAGUUGCAGUCACAUGCUGAUCAAAUAAUGGAUACUAUUCAGAAACAUUUCCAAAGUGAGGAAGCUGAGGUUCUUCCUCUUGUCAGGAUGCAUUUUUCUCCUGAGAAGCAGCGGAAGCUGCUUUUUAGAGGUUUGUGUGUUAUGCCCUUGAAAUUGUUAGAGCGUGUUCUGCCAUGGUUUGUUGCAAACUUAAGCGACAAGGAGGCAAAUUCAUUUCUCCAGAAUAUGCAUCUAGCAGCCUCGCCAUCUGAAGAUGGACUUGUCACACUUUUCUCUGGUUGGGCAUGCAAGGGUAGGAGCAAUGCUAUUACCAGUUCUGGCAAGUUCAUAUGCUUCACUUCAAAAGCAUUCAGCUGCUUUCCUUCAGAAGACAAUACUGAAUCAGAAGAAGAUUGCAGUAAAGAUUUCUGUGCAUAUGCUAGUCUAGUUGGUUAUAAGAAAGACAUAGAAGUUCUGGAAGGUGAGAACAUUGCUAGGCCUGUUAAACGAAGCAACUUCACAGAAUCAUAUGGAAAUUCUGGCAAGAAUAAUAGUCUAGAAAGUGAUGAAUUUGAAGGCAUGUCAACUAGCCAAAAGCCCUGCUGUGUGCCAGGGCUAGCAGUCGCUAACAGUUACACUGGAUUAAGCUCACCUGAGGCAUCGAAGUCCUUGCUUUUCUCAUAUUACAAUCCGUCUGUUCCUUACUUAAAAUCCAGUCUCUUUAUUUCAGAGAUGGAAUUGAAUUCAUAUAGUAGAGAGACCACUUUGAGGCCAAUCGACAACAUAUUUAAAUUUCAUAAGGCCAUAAGCAAAGAUGUGAAGUAUUUGGAUGAUGAAUCAGGAAACCUUAUACCUUAUGAUGAAAUCGUUCUUCGGCAGUUUAGUGGAAGAUUUCGCUUAUUGUGGGGUCUAUAUAGAGCUCAUAGUAAUGCUGAGGAUGACAUUGUUUUCCCGGCUUUAGAAUCAAGAGAAACUCUUCAUAACGUGAGUCAUUCAUACACCCUUGACCACAAACAGGAAGAAAAGCUAUUUAACGAUAUUUCAGAAGUACUUGCUGAGCUUUCACAAAUGCAUGAUAGCUUGGGAACGAAAAACAAUAAAGAUGUUGCAAGUGGAAGUAAGUCCUGCUCUUCUCUUCAUGUAAUUGAUCGGACAAAAAAGUAUAAUGAGCUUGUGACCAAGCUUCAAGGAAUGUGCAAAUCUCUACGAGUUACUCUUGAUAAUCAUGUCUUCAGAGAAGAGCUUGAAUUAUGGCCAUUGUUUGACAAACAUUUUUCAGUGGAUGAGCAAGAUAAGAUUGUUGGACGAAUAAUAGGAACAACAGGUGCAGAGGUCCUCCAAUCAAUGUUACCAUGGGUAACUUCUGCUCUCAGUCAAGAGGAACAGAAUAAGAUGAUGGAUACAUGGAAGCAGGCAACCAAGAAUACCAUGUUUAAUGAUUGGCUAAAUGAGUGGUGGAAGGACACUUCCUCAUUUUCUACAGAUGCAACAGGGAGUUCUAGUUUUCAGAAAGGGGUUGAUUACGAAGAAAGUAUCGAGCAAAGUGACCAGAUGUUCAAACCUGGUUGGAAAGAUAUAUUUAGGAUGAACCAGAAUGAGCUGGAAUCAGAGAUACGAAAGGUUUCACGAGACUUGACGCUUGAUCCACGAAGAAAGGCUUAUCUUAUACAAAACUUAAUGACAAGUCGUUGGAUAGCUGCUCAGCAGAAACUACCUCAGGACAGAACUAAGGAAGCUUUGGAUGGAGAAGAUGUACCUGGAUGCUCUCCAUCCUUUCGGGAUCCAGAGAAACAAAUCUUUGGCUGCGAGCAUUACAAGAGGAACUGCAAACUCCUCGCUGCAUGUUGUAACAAGUUGUUCACGUGCAGAUUUUGCCAUGACAAAGUCAGUGAUCAUUCAAUGGACAGAAAAGCAACAACUGAAAUGAUGUGUAUGCGUUGUUUGAAAGUUCAACCAGUUGGCACAUGUUGCAAGACACCUUCCUGUGAUGGAUUCUUGAUGGCAAAGUACUAUUGCAAUAUCUGCAAAUUUUUUGAUGAUGAGAGAAGCGUCUACCACUGCCCGUUUUGUAACCUGUGUCGUGUUGGAAAAGGGCUUGGCACAGAUUUUUUUCAUUGUAUGACUUGCAAUUGUUGCUUGGGAAUGAAAUUGAAGGAGCAUGAAUGCCGGGAGAAAGGUCUAGAGACAAACUGUCCGAUUUGUUGUGAUUUUCUGUUUACAUCAAGUGCAGCUGUAAGAGCUCUACCCUGUGGACAUUUCAUGCAUUCAGCAUGCUUCCAAGCGUACACCUGCAGCCAUUACACCUGUCCGAUUUGUAGCAAAUCCUUGGGAGACAUGGCUGUGUACUUUGGCAUGCUUGAUGCCUUGUUGGCUGCUGAACAACUUCCUGAAGAGUACCGGGAUCGAUGUCAGGAUAUCCUAUGUAAUGACUGUGGCAAAAAGGGCAAAUCUCGCUUCCACUGGCUUUACCACAAAUGUAAUUCUUGUGGUUCAUACAAUACAAGGGUGAUUAAGAUUGACAGUUGCUCUACAUCAAAUUAAUGAAGUAAUCACUUGUUUAUUCAAUGUUUUGUUUUCGGUGUGUGUAAAUAUACAAUUAGUAGCAAUUUUUACAUCUGUGCUGUAGUUCUCAUAGUUCAUAGCCUACCAAUUUCGCAACAAACAUAGAAAAUCACAAUUAUUUGCAUUAGUAAGUGCUUCCUUGCUUCCUAUGGUUUGUACAAGGAAAAUUUCUUUUCCCUGUAACCUCAAAAGACAGAACAGGUUGGAUGUGCUUCGUUCCACUGUGUCAAGUUCGGUCAACAAAAAAGUUAAGCUAAAUGUUGUUACUUAUUUAUGUUACGUUAUGUUAUCAUUGCAAGUAGCAAUCUCAGACAUUU